GAGAGAGAUAUUUCCGUUCCUCUCUCCAGCAGUGACCGGAGGACGAGCCGCUGUCGCUUCUGUUUCUCCGCUCGGUUCGGGGAGGAUUCUCUCUCUCCGCGGGGGGAACACACACUUGUCGCAGCGGGCUGCUCACUGCGGGACCAGUUCGGGGACCGGAAGACUCCGGUGGGGAUCAUGCCUUCAGCGGAUCUGUGGCCGCUCCGGGUCCGGGUCUCCUGAUGCUCCUGCUGGACUUGUUGCAGCUGGAGGGAGACACUACGAACACAGACCGUGAGUUUCAGGACCGGAACCGGAUUUUAGUUGAAAACUGAAGUUUCUCUGUCUGGAUGUGACUUAGUUUGGAUUCUUCUUCCUGUUUGUAUUGAAACAAACAAUACCGGACUGAUGAGGACUCGCUGAUCACGUGCGGAUUUGUUUGUUUUACGCAUCGUCUUGUGCGUAAAAUCCUCUUCGUGUCCCGGAGAAACUGAUCGGUUCCGUCCGUCGCCAGAUGUACCCUCGGUGCUCCGGGGCUCCGUGAAUCUUCCUCUAACGAGCUCCGGGACCAGCUCCGGGACCAGGACCAGCAUGGCAGGAGGAGUGGCUGCGUGGCUGCCGUUCGCCCGCGCGGCGGCCAUCGGCUGGAUGCCGGUGGCCAGCACGCCGAUGCCGGUUCCGCCGAAGCAGCAGCGCCGCGGCCACGCGGGGCUCAUCGUCAUCAACGUGAGCGGAACAAAGUUCCAGACGUGGCGGGACACUCUGGAGCGGUACCCGGACACCCUGCUGGGCAGCACGGAGCUGGACUUCUUCUUCCACGAGGACACCAACGAGUACUUCUUCGACCGCGACGCGGACAUCUUCCGCCACGUCCUGAACUUCUACCGCACCGGGAAGCUGCACUACCCGCGGCAGGAGUGCAUCUCCGCGUACGACGAGGAGCUCGCGUUCUUCGGCAUCAUCCCGGAGAUCAUCGGGGACUGCUGCUACGAGGAGUACAAGGACCGGCGGCGGGAGAACCAGGAGCGGAUCCAGGAUGACGAGGAGGACCAGACCAACGACCUGGUGGCGGCGGACCUGGGCUUCCGGGAGACCCUGUGGCGGGCCUUCGAGAACCCGCACACUUCCACCAUGGCGCUGGUCUUCUACUACGUAACCGGCUUCUUCAUCGCGGUGUCGGUGCUCGCCAACGUGGCGGAGACGGUCCCGUGCGGCGCGGCGCCCAACCGCGUCCGCGAGGUGUCGUGCGGCGAGCGGUACGCGCUGGCCUUCUUCUGCCUGGACACCGCGUGCGUCAUGAUCUUCACGGUGGAGUACCUGCUGCGGCUGCUCGUGGCACCGAACCGGUACCGGUUCGUGAAGAGCGUGAUGAGCGUCAUCGACGUGGUGGCCAUCAUGCCGUACUACAUCGGCCUCGUGAUGGCGGACAACGAGGACGUGAGCGGCGCCUUCGUCACGCUGCGCGUCUUCAGGGUCUUUCGGAUCUUCAAGUUCUCGCGACACUCCGCGGGACUUCGCAUCCUGGGCUACACGCUGAAGAGCUGCGCGUCGGAGCUCGGCUUCCUGCUCUUCAGCCUCACGAUGGCCAUCAUCAUCUUCGCCACCGUCAUGUUCUACGCGGAGAAAGGAUCCAGCGCCAGCAAGUUCACCAGCAUCCCAGCAGCCUUCUGGUACACCAUCGUCACCAUGACCACGCUGGGGUAGGUCGGGGGGGGGGGGUCUCAGUCAGUUCUGAAGAGAGAACUUGAGUUUGUGUUUUCAGCUGAAAGCUCCGGUAGUUUAGUGACUAAACUAAGUUCUGCUUUCACUUCCUGUUGUUUAAAGUCACACAGUUUGAACCUGUUGAUCCUCCUCCUCCUCCUCCUCUCUGUGUCUCUGUCCAUGGUGCCGAAGUUGAACUGACUCUCAUGAGUUUCGGAUGAUUUCCUCUCGUUUCAUGAAAACAGUCUUUUCAAAAUAAACUUCCGUCUCCACAGGAAACGACUCUGUUCAGAACUAUUUCGAUGUUUUGUGUUUCUGAAGAUCAGAAGUUUCACAUGAAGAAGAAUCGUUGGUGUUUGUUGGAUUCGUUCACCUCCGUCUGUCUUCUGUUGUCUUUAUUCUGAUGACAUAUCUAUGACUCACGUCACGUUAUUCUUCAUAUUUAUCUGAGAACAGAUUGAUGUUCAGAUGAAGAUCUUUAAAGUUUUAUUUUGAAAGUCUUGGACAAACAGUCUGCAGCUGUUUGACUUAUUGAUCGUUAGACACAACUGUGUGUGUGUCUGUGUGUGCGUGUAUGUGUGUGUGUCUGUGUGUGCG